AUCUUGCGCAGUGCACAGAGGAUUAUGGGCUCCUGUACACGAUGCUGCAGAAAGUUACUGAAGAUAAGAAGUGCCUGCUGUGCCCAUCAAACUGGCGGUUUUUCUGGGGCAACUGCUACUUUUUCUCCAUGGAGAACAACAGCAACUUCCUGUCCUGGAACGCCAGCGCGCAGUUCUGCGCCGAACACGAUGCUGAGCUGGUCGUGAUCGGGGACCGGGCAGAGAUGGAGUUCAUGCAGGCCACGAUGCACAUAUUCCCAACGGUAGAAUUCCUGUGGGUGGGCCUGACGGACCGCAGCUCAGAGGGCUCCUGGAUCUGGAUGGACGGGACACCCCAUGAGCACACCACCCUGAAGGAGGUGGAGUGGAACGCCGAGGACAGAGAUUGUGCGGACCUGAGGGGCAAUGCCGACUUCUUCGCCAUGAGCUGCGAAGACCAGGGACCCUUCAUCUGCGAAAAGCCAGUUUUCCCCUGGACUCCAGGCAAGCCCAGCAGGAUGCACCAUUGCGGGGAGAGAGAGCAGAGAAACUGUGAGGGGGCACAGGGCCGGGACAGCUGGGGCUCCCACCGAUGACAACCCAACCAGCC